AUGCUACAGCCGUCGCUACACGCCCCUGACUAUAUAACCCGGACUAAGUCCAGGGAGCCUGAGCUCACUAUCAAUCUCACUGAGCCCGCGGUGUUCAUACCUACAUACACACAUAAAUCCGCUGUCCUGAGGGGUUCUUGUGAAUUGAAGAUCAAGGAGACGUUAAUGGUGAAGAAAUUGACCGUCAAUUUUAGCGGAGUUUCUCAUGUACACUGGCCUCAUGGUCUUUAUGAUUCGAAGACCAUCGCAGAUCGUACGCUGACGGUGUUCGGUCCGGAUAUCUCAGGGACUGCACCCCAAUACCAUGCCGAUCAAGAAAAUCUAGGAAUGUUGGAAACGGGUAUCACGGAAUGCAAUACAUCGCGCCAAAAAUGCGGAUUGUGGGGCACCAUCACGAACAAGUUAUGUUCGAAAUGCAAAAGUACAGCCGCGCCAGAGUAUCAGCUAUUGAAUCCCGGUACCUAUACUUACGACUUCGAAAUGAUAUUGUCCCCUCAGCUGCCAGAGUCUGUUAAUGUACGGCGGAGCCAUGUUCAAUACAAUGUCCGAGCCUGUCUAGAACUCCCGGGGCAUUUCAGGCAUAGCAUCAUCCAGAACAUGCCGAUCGCUGCCAUCCACUGUCCGGCAGAGGAUUUCGUGGAGGAUGCAGAGCCGGUUUACAUUGCUCGGGCCUGGAAGCGCUUGCUCCGAUGUGACAUCCUGAUGUCGAGAAGAGGCGCUCCUCUCUGUCAUAUAUUACCUGUGACUGUGUCUUUUGCCGAGCUGGCCAACACGAGGUUCCAUGGCUUACAAAUCUAUAUUUCGGAGAACGUUCAGUACCUCCGAAAAGAUGGUCUUGUUUCUUGCCUUGGACCUUUCAAGAGGAGACUCUUAUAUGAAGCGGCAGAAGACUUUGUGCCCACUUUGCCGCCCUAUAGGUUGGGUGAAGAUGAUGAUCACCUUUCAGAAAAAAGCGGCUGUGGUGGACAAGAGAGUGUGGUACUUACGGAGUGCGAGCACAAACCCGCGACCUCCGAGGGCAUGACGCUGAAUAUCGACUUGACAUUACCCACCUGCCAGGACCACUCUGAGGAUAAUUGGAUGCACUUUAGCACUGAGUAUAAGAGCGCAAGAGUGUACCAUUGGCUUGAUAAUCUUUUGAUCAAGACCAGCACUGGUGGUCGGAAAACGACCGUAGAUAUUCUGUUUCUUGAUGAUGGGUUUCGGGCUCCCGAAGAUUGGGAAGCUACGCUGACCACGGCUGUAGAGGGUGUGAUGUCGGGCAUCAUCUCAGACCCGGCCUUCAACGACAUGUUCACGGCAACCAAGGACGACAACACAAUGCAGGCUACUGUAACUGCAGUCUAUGAAGUCGGUUGUCUCUUCGGUGCAAUCCUCGCAUUGCUAUUUGGAGACCGGACGGGUCGCCGGUGGAUGGUUAUCUCUGGUGCCACUAUUAUGAUUGUCGGUGUCGUUAUUCAGGUGUCUGCUAUGCCCGGCUCUCUUCCCCUUCUUCAAUUCAUCUUCGGUCGAGUCAUUACUGGCAUUGGGAAUGGAAUGAACACUUCAACAAUCCCCACAUAUCAAGCUGAAUGUUCCAAGACCAGCAACCGAGGACUUCUUAUCUGCAUCGAAGGUGGUAUCAUCGCAAUAGGUACAGCUAUUGCAUACUGGAUCGAUUAUGGUGCACACUACGGACCACAAGACCUGGUAUGGAGAUUUCCGAUCGCGUUCCAGGUCGUCUUCGGAAUCAUUAUUAUUGUCGGCAUGUUCUACCUACCCGAAUCACCUCGCUAUCUCAUCGCCCACGACAAAGUCGCCGAAGGCGAGCGGGUGCUCGCCGCGCUAGCUGGCACUGAGAUCGAAGAUCGUCACACCCAAACAGAAAAGAAUCUGAUUCUCGAUUCCGUCCGAGCUUCGGGAGCCACGAAAGCCAAGUUCAGCGAUCUGCUUACUGGUGGACCAUCCCAGCAUCUGCGCCGCAUGCUCGUGGGUUCGUCGUCGCAGAUGUUCCAGCAGAUCUCUGGCUGCAACGCUGUCAUCUAUUAUCUCCCAGUCUUGCUUGAGCAGUCUAUUGGUCAGUCGCAUAACUUUGCGCUCCUGAUCGGCGGUAUCAACAUGAUCUGCUACGCCAUCUUCGCGACGUUCUCAUGGUUCUUCAUCGAAAAGAUUGGCCGCCGUAAAUUGUUCCUGGGAGGCAGUUACGGGCAGUGCGCAGCAAUGAUCAUUGUAUUCGCCUGUCUUAUUCCUGGCGAUAAACAAAGUGCAAAGGGAGCCGUCUUCGGCUUUUUCCUGUACAUGUGUUUCUUCGGAGCCACUUGGCUGCCCUUACCAUGGCUCUAUCCUGCUGAACUCUCCCCUAUCAAGACCCGAGCCAAGGCCAAUGCCAUUUCCACAUGCAACAACUGGUUGUUUAACUUUACAGUGGUCAUGAUCACCCCUGUUAUGGUGGAGCAUAUCGGCUGGGGCACAUACCUGUUCUUCGCUGCAUGGAACGCGGUCUUCAUUCCCAUCAUCUGGCUGUUCUACCCAGAAACGGCAGGUCGUAGCCUGGAAGAGAUCGACCUGAUCUUCGCCAAGGGCUACGUGGAGAAUAUGAGCUAUGUGCGCGCGGCGAAAGAACUCCCCAAGCUCUCCGACGAUGAAAUCGAGGCCAAGGCAGCCGAGUACGGCAUCCUCGACAACAACGAGAAAGUCGAGGAGCGAAUCGCCGAACAUGCCCCGCAGGACUCGCAGGAAUACUCGUCCUACCUGCCCAGUCAACUAUAA